GAUAUAAACAAUUAGGAAAACAAACAGUAUUAGUUCCUGCUACUGAAAGUCGAUUUUAUGCGAUAUUUCAAAAUUAUAUACACUUUUACUCAGCAACAAAAAGUAAAUAUAAAUGCAUAUUUCGUGGAAGCUCAUCUAAUCAAUUGUUAGCAAAUAUUUUAAAUACGCAAGAUUGGGGAAUUAAAUUCUAUGAUCAACAACAAUGUACUUAUAUUGUACCUUGUGAUGAUACAAUUGAAACAGAAGAAAAUCCAAUUAAACAAGUUAUUAUACAACAAUUAGUUUUAAAUAAAAAG